GCAUUAUGGGAUGUAAUAAGGUACAUGUAGUGUCAGCAUAUUUUAGUAAAUCUACUUAUCACUUCUGAGGACAGAUACAUGUAAUGUAAUCCAAAACAGCGUUAGUUUCGUACUCUCGUCCGAUGAGGGUACUGUCGAGGAUAUAUCGGACGGUGGUCACCGUAGCUGAUGGGUAUGUCCCGGAACGGUAUGCGCAACAGUGGAACCACCCUGCAGGUCCGAAAACUAUAUUCUUUUGGGCUCCCUGUUUUAAAUGGGUUCUUGUGUUCGCUGGUCUGGGAGAUGUGAGCCGUCCCGCGGAGAAGCUGAGUUUGCUACAGUCCACGGCUCUAUUGAGUGGUUUUAUCUGGGCUAGGUAUUCUCUUAUCAUUAUUCCACGGAACAUCAACCUCAGUCUCGUGAACCUGUUCGUCGGUGUUAUAGGUUCUCUUCAGCUUAGCCGGAUAUAUACGUACCGAAAAUCACUUGAAAACCCUGCAAUGGAGAAAUAGAUAUGACUCUUUACGUAACCAGACACUGUUUACACAGCAUUUGUUGGAAAGGUAGAUUUAACAAAACAAAAUAUGUUGUAUGUAUUGUUCCAAGAACACGUGUCAACGUCUCAGAUACGUCGUUUCCAAUAGCUACAAACUCAGCAAUACAUGGUAACGAUCGUCCUGUCUAUUCUGAAGUACUCGACUGAUGAUAUCUAAUUGUUUAUAUCUACCUUGUCUUACCUCCAUUGUACAUGUCACAUUGCCCAUAUCAUUAAACAGUGAUGAGGUUAAAACACCA